CUCGCACAUCAUGUCCCCGACUACCUGGCUCGUUACCGGCGCGAACCGCGGCAUCGGCCUCGAGAUCGUGCGCCAGCUGCUCGCCGUCCCCACCAACCUCGUCGUCGCCGCGUGCCGCGCGCCCGAGAAAGCCACCGCACUCGCGGAGCUGCAGAGCAGCGCGAAGGGCGCGCUGCACCUCGUGCAGCUCGACGUGUCCGACUUCGACAACAUCCGCGCGCUCCCCGCGCAGCUCGAGCCUAUCCUGGGGUCCACCGGGCUCGACUACCUCAUCAGCAACGCCGGCAUCGCGAUCGUCGACUCCGCAUUCACGCUCGACCCGGACGUGUUCCUACGCGUCGUGCGCACGAACGCCGCGGGCCCCGCGCUGCUCUCGCAGGUGCUGCUCCCCUUCCUCGAGCGCGCGCCGACGAAGAAGAUCCUGCACGUGUCGAGCACGGCGGGGAGCAUCGGGAGCGUCGCGGGCAUGCAGGUGAAGGAGCACCAGAUGGUCGGGUCGUAUGCGAUGAGCAAGGCCGCGCUCAACAUGCUCGCGUAUAAGCAGAAGACCGAGAAGCCGGAGUUCACGGUCAUCACGCUGUGCCCUGGGUGGGUGCAGACAGAUAUGGGCGGAGAGAAGGCCGCGCUGAAGCCGGAGGAGAGCGUCGCGGGUAUCAUCAAGGUGAUCACGAACGCGACGACGGCGGACAGCGGGAAGUACCUGCGCCACAAUGGCGAGGAGAUCCCGUGGUAGAGAGUACUUGUUUGCGACUCUGCAGGUAGAAAAUUUGUGUUACUGUAACUCGUACUGGGAUGGUUUGAAGACUCGGAUCCGGGAGAUCCGGCGAGUGUCUCUUCAAGCAUCGUCUUCUCAAUCGAGCUCGAUGACGUCGUGGGCGCCUAUACACCUUCGUCUCUUAACCCUCUUCG